AUGGAGCAGCGCGAAAUGACCGACGAAGCUGGUAAGUCGCCUUCCCUGCUUUCCUGGCGAACUAAAAUCUCUUUUACGAAGAACUAAAUCAAAACGCCUCCAAUGCAACGGGAUGGGUUGCCUCAAAGGACAUGUACAGGCCAGCCGCUGUGGUAUGUGUACUUUCGUCCUUUACACCCCUAUACCGUGCCAGCGAGUUUUGGCUUAAUCUUCAUUAGGUUCAGUGUUUUUUUUUAAGUGUACCAAUGCACACCACUAUUUAACUGCAGAAAUGAUAUCGUCCAUUGCUUAAAACUUAGAAUUAGAACCGACGUUCCUGUUCUGUUUUGCAGAAUAAACUUUUCACCAGGUUAAGACCAAGCAACAUAUUAUGAAUAGAAAAGUGGACCUGUACUCGACUGAUCGGGCUUAUUCUAUUUCAGGAUAUUCCACGAAACACGAGGCAAUGUUUCGUCAUGAUAAUUUAUGACACGAAAGAGAGCACCUUCGGCAAAUUUCGCAACACAAUGGUUCUGAAUAUUCCAGUUUUUCAUGCUUACGGAAACGGGGAAUUUUUCGGAAUGUCAAAGGCAAGUGAAUUUGAAAUGUUUUAUCAUACUUUCUGCUUUUUGAGCCGUAGCUAACUAGAAAUAAUGAUUUAACAUGACGCUAUAGUUACAUAUAAAGAUCGUGGUAAAACAUUAUGUCUAACUUGUACGUUCGGCAAAAUCUUAUUUCGCAGCCGUAAUUGUUAGGGGUUAGGGAUCAGGGGUAGGGGUUAGGGAUUAGUGGUUUGGGUAAGGGGUUAGCGCUUGCAGUUAGUCUGGGUUGCGUUAGGUUACCUUGCAUCAAAUUAGGAUGCAACCGACUCUAAAGGAUCAAAUGGGACUGGAGCUGUAAGCUCAAAAUACCACCUAUUUUUUAAUGAGGACGAUUAUCAUCCCAACUUCAACAACACCAAGAGUCGCACAUCUCCCAAGACUUGCUUUUAUUGCGCCGCUGACUGGAGUCCAAAAAAACAAAAUGGUCACUUUUAUUACCAUAAACAGCAGCUCAAUUCAAACCUGUUUGUUAUCUAUUCCGCCAUGUGAUGAAGGAUCAAGGUAGGCGUCUAGAAGAUAGUAAGAGAAGGCAGGGAAUGCCUGCAAUCCAUUGGUGAGGAACCUGCCAUUCAGUUCACUGCUACCCUUUGAUGGCACUUUCCUGAGCUUAGGCCACAUGAUUCGUCGAGGAAUAAAGUUAUAUGGAGGACAGUUAAAGCAGAAAAUAAAUACUACUUAUUAUUACCAAGUACCAUCAUCAUUUCCAGGGGUCAAGAUCCGCCGUUAGCCGACGUUGAUGAUACCUUAUCGCUAGUCAAGGAGAGGCGUUGUAAGCAAAUAUCCUCCUGUCUCUCACAUUUUAGUGCCUGCGUUGCAUCGAGGGUUGCUUCCCCACUGGUUACGCUCUCGGCAUCAUCAGUUUCGAUGAUCACGACCAGGCUGUGAAGUGCAUCGAGUCGCGCACUGAACUCCGCGAGAAGAUGUGGCUCGGUGGUGUGGAGAUGUAUGUGGUGCCGUUAUGCAACCCCGUGCGACACAUUGGCGACUAUCCCUUCUUCCAGAUGGACAUGUACGACGUGAAGAACGGUCGCAAUUUUAUCAAGUACCUCAACACAGUGGAGGAGAUGAUUCAUCGCAAAGGCGGUCUUAUCGUGGCUGGUACCACCCAAGCCGGUCGUUGGAGGGGCAUGCGGCGACCGUACUUCAUUCUGUUGCAUCAGUGGGUCACGGUAGAGCAACUCGAGGCCUACAACAAGGAAGGUAGGUACCCUGGGGGCGACAGUUUUUCAUUCCGCGUUUUCUUCCUCUCUGUUUCCUCGCUCCUAUGGGAAAUGAUCUCCCCUUCUUUCCAGUUUCCCCAGUUCUACGCGACGCCGGAGCUGCCUGUUCUUCGCGUGUCAUCUUCGAAAUGACCACCGGCAACGUUCGUUGCUUCCAAUAG